AACUAGUAAAUACAUUUUUUUUAAAUCGUUGUGUGUAUCUCUUUACAUGUUAGUAAUGCAAAGUUUCACCUACCACUUAUUUUCCAAAACAUCUUCCACUUCCAUGCCUUAAUUAUUUUGUUGUUUUUCAAGUUUCAACACUCAAUAAAAAUAAUAAAAACAGUUUUAUUAGUUGGAAAAGAACAGUUUCAUUAAUAAUGAACAAGAAUACUACCAAAGUCUCUCUACUUUUCUUCAUCACGAUGCUUCCCUUCCUCGAAACUCUGACUAUGUCACCAUACCCCCAAAUUGCUUUACCCUCUCAUCCAUAUUAACACAAACCAAUAUUUCAAACAAGAAGAUAUAUGGACAGCUCCACUGGGUUCAUGACAGUCUUUGCCGUCUCCGGAAGCGUGGUGCUCCUUGUGGCUCAGUUACACAAACGUCUCCUCUCCUAUCACAUGGAGAAGCUUGAACUUCAACUUGAUAUGAAGAAUAAGGAGAAGAAGAAGAAAAAGAAAAAGGUGAGUUUUGCAGAGGACGUGAUGGAGCCGUCAGGGAACAACGUAGAGUAUCGGCGGAAAAAUCGGAAAUCAAAAUUGGAGGAUGGAAGAAGAAGAAUCCAACAAACAAGUCAAGUUUUGUAACAUAGUCAACUUUCAUUCAGCACAGACUUUUAAAAUAUUAUCUAGCAUUCUUAUAAAUUAAGUUUUCUUAUUUCGUGUAGAAUGCAUUUAUUUUGUAAUAGCUAUAAUCCCAAAAUUAGGAGGUAAAGUGGACUACAUAUGUCACACCAAUACACCAUGUUGUUAUUUAUGUCGAUGGACGCCAAGUAUGUUUCGAAUAUUCGGAUUUGUAUCAACUGGGAGUCUGAGACCACUGAUAAAUAAGAUUAACG